AAACAGCAAACAGCAGACAAACAAGAUGGCUGCUAGAGCACAGUUUGAGAAUUCCAACGAGGUUGGUGUGUUUUCCAAACUCACCAACUCCUACGCCUUGGUUGCCGUUGGCGGGUCGGAAAACUUCUACUCUGCCUUCGAGGCCGAGUUGGGAGACGUCAUUCCAAUCAUCCACACAACGAUUGCCGGCACAAGAAUAGUGGGCCGGAUGACGGCAGGUAACAGAAGGGGGCUUUUGGUUCCUACGCAGACCACUGACCAGGAGUUGCUCCACUUGAGAAACAGUCUUCCGGAUAGUGUGAAGAUCCAGAGAAUCGAGGAAAGGUUGUCUGCCUUGGGCAACGUCAUAUGCUGCAACGACUACGUUGCGUUGGUGCAUCCGGACAUUGAGCGUGAAACAGAGGAAAUCAUCGCAGACGUCCUUGGUGUCGAGGUUUUCAAGCAGACCAUUGCCGGCAACGUCCUUGUCGGCUCUUACUGUGCGCUUUCCAACCAGGGUGGGUUGGUCCACCCGCAGACGUCCAUCCAGGACCAGGAGGAGUUGUCCUCCUUGCUACAGGUGCCCAUUGUUGCCGGUACCGUGAACAGGGGUUCCAACGUCGUUGGUGCAGGCAUGGUCGUGAACGAUUGGCUAGCUGUUGCGGGUCUAGAUACCUCUGCCCCGGAGCUCUCUGUCAUCGAAAGUAUCUUCAGACUCCAAGACAACCAACCGGACGCAAUUGGCUCCAACCUCAGAGACACUCUUAUCGAAACCUACUCUUAGAGUCCUUGCCACUGCUUACCUCUUCUGCUAAACACUGUAUAAUUCCGAUCUCUUUAUUACAUCUAUAAUAGAACAUGA